AUGGGACUCCGAACAGCUAUAGAACGAAAGAUCAAGUCGUUGGAAGUAUAUGGAGAUUCUGCGCUGGUGAUUUACCAAUUUCAAGGAAAAUGUGAGACAAGAGAUUCCAAAUUAAUCAAUUAUAGAAGGUUGGUGUUGGGGUUAGUUGAAAAGUUUGAUGAUAUUACCUUCAAUUAUCUCCCACGAGAUAAAAAUCAGAUGGUAGAUACUUUGGCUACUUUGGCUUCAAUAAUCAAAGUGAACAGACAAGAAGAUGUGAAACCUAUUCAGAUGAGUAUUUGUGAGGCCCCAUCUUAUUGUUAUAGUAUAGAGGAAGAGGAGAGAGAUGAUCACCCUUGGUAUCAGGAUAUAUUACAAUACGUGAGAAAACGUGAAUAUCCAGACCAAGCAACGAAGAAUGAAAAAAGGACGCUAAGAAGGCUAGCUUGUGAUUAUGUCUUAGAUGGAGAGAUCCUGUAUAAAGAAGAAAGGAUCAAGUACUAUUGA